CUCCUACAUCCGCCGCACGGAGACGGACGGUGCCAGCUGCUAGCCCCGUUAGCCGCCGUAGACUGUUAGCAACUAGCUCCGGAGCUGCUUCGCUUCAUAUGAGGCACCGAGCACGAGUGUGUGUGUGAGGAGGCAGAGUGUGUGUGUGUGUCCCGAAGUCACUCUCUCCGUGUGUGUGUGUUCAUAUAAACCCACCUCCCUCCCGAGUGUGUGUGUGUCGGUGUGUUGGUGUGUGUGUGUGUGUGGUUAGCAAACGUAUAAACACUGUAAGUAGUCGACUGUUUACACUCGGUGUCCGGUUACUUGGCAGCGGAUUGACAUCAGUGAGUGGCACCGACGCACCGACCGACCGACCGACCGAGCAGCAGCAGCAGCAGCAGCAGCAGCAGCAUCAUGUUACGCUACGCCGUGGUCCAGGGCGGCAUCGGUCUGCUGGCCGUCAGGAGGGCAUGCGUUCUGUCCCGGUUCGCCCACUCUGCCCCGCAGAGCGAGUAUCGACAGAUCAAGAAAGUCAUGGUGGCCAACAGAGGUGAGAUUGCCAUCCGUGUGUUCAGAGCCUGCACCGAACUGGGGAUCCGAACCGUGGCCGUUUACUCCGAGCAAGACACCGGACAGAUGCACAGGCAGAAGGCGGACGAGGCUUACCUGAUCGGGAAAGGCCUGCCACCUGUGGCGGCGUACCUCCACAUUCCAGACAUCAUCAAAGUCGCCAAGGACAACAAUGUGGACGCCAUCCACCCCGGCUACGGCUUCCUCUCCGAGCGCUCGGACUUUGCUCAGGCCUGUGCAGACGCAGGGGUGAUGUUCGUCGGACCAACGCCGGAAACGGUGCGCAAGAUGGGGGACAAGGUGGAGGCUCGCUCCCUGGCCAUCAGUGCAGGAGUACCUGUGGUCCCAGGGACAGAUGCCCCCAUCGCCAGCUUGCAGGAGGCGCAGGCGUUCGCCCAGACCUACGGCUUCCCCAUCAUCUUCAAAGCAGCGUACGGAGGAGGCGGUCGCGGCAUGAGGGUGGUCCGGGAGUACGAGGAACUUGAGGAGAAUUACCAGCGGGCCUACUCCGAAGCCCUGACUGCUUUCGGGAACGGAGCCCUGUUUGUCGAGAAAUUUAUCGAGAAGCCGAGACACAUUGAAGUGCAGAUCCUGGGCGAUAAAUAUGGUAAUGUCAUCCACCUCUACGAGAGAGACUGCUCCAUUCAGCGGCGACACCAAAAGGUUGUGGAGAUUGCACCCGCGUUCCAGCUGGACCCUCAUCUGAGAGACCGACUUCACGCCGAUGCAGUCAGCCUCGCCAGACAGGUUGGAUACGAGAACGCAGGGACGGUGGAGUUUUUGGUGGACAAACACGGCAAACACUACUUCAUCGAAGUCAACUCCCGACUCCAGGUUGAACACACGGUCACCGAAGAAAUCACCGAUGUGGACCUGGUUCACGCCCAGCUGCAUGUGUGCGAAGGCCGCAGCCUGCCGGAGCUCAGCCUGAAACAAGACAAGAUCAGGGUUAACGGAUGUGCGAUCCAGUGCAGAGUGACGACCGAAGAUCCGGCCAGAGGCUUCCAACCAGACACCGGGAGGAUUGAGGUCUUCAGGAGCGGUGAGGGUAUGGGUAUCCGUCUGGACAGCGCCUCUGCCUUCCAGGGCGCCGUCAUUUCACCCCACUAUGACUCACUGCUGGUGAAAGUCAUCGCCAGUGGAAAGGACCUGCAGACAGCGGCCUCCAAGAUGAGCCGAGCCCUGGCCGAGUUCAGGGUGCGAGGGGUCAAGGUAGGACAAACCAGUACUGUGAGUUCGAUGAUGAAGACCUUCUUCAGAGAGGGGGACCAGAGUACUCCAGAAUACUGUGUCAGGUCUGAGGGCAGUGGUUACGAUCUCUGGGGGAAAAACGAGCUGCCGACCAGCAUCCACGAGCAUCUUCCAGUCACGUGCUGCUCGAAGCUGAUCUUGCUGUAG